GGAUGGGUUUCUCUGCUCAGGCUGCUAUCAUUAGAGCCAUGGAGGUUACAGAGCACAACACAGAAACACCAGUUUCAACUUCUCAUGACCCCUCAGAUUUAUCUGGUGACCCUUUGGAGGGGCCCGACCCCUAGGUUGAGAACCACUGGGUAAAAGCAGCACAUUGCUGGAGAAUAUGACAUCUGUGAGAGUUGCAGGACGGGCCCUUGAAUGUGGGCCAUUGUUCGGCACAUCAUUUAUCUUCUUUUCACUGCCUGCACCGCCUGUAUGGUCGAGGAGGAGUUUUAGUUUUCCAGGGAAAUGUGAGGAGGAUCCCAACAAACUGCUCCAAGCCAACACACAGGACGGAGAAUCUGAGAAGAUGAGAUCCAAAGAGAAAAGGCGGUGUGAGCUGCAGGAACACUGUCCACUCUGCUUCACCCCACUGGCAUCCAAAGCCACAUCAUCAUCAUCUAAUGCGAGCAGAGAGCCGCUGCUUUCUCUGCAGGAUUAUUCGAAUCUGGGGAGGUUAUCAAGGAAAAAGGAAAGAAAGGCCAGAAGCUGCAGGGCUCUCUGGAAACCUGCCAUGUGACAUUUGGCUGCCAGCGCUGCGUCAGAAGGUCAAAGGGGGCCCCGGUGCACAUUUAAUGGAAAAAUGCAGAAAGGCAGGGCGACACAAAACAUCCAGCAGCAUCAAGACGACCUCUUCUUCAGCGAGUCUCUGGAGGCUGUCGGCGGGUUCGGGUGCACAGCCGCACAACAACAACAACAACAACAACAACAACAACAACAACUGGGGCAAGUGGAGACGUUUGAGCGCAGAAGAUCCAAACUGCAAAAGUUUCCUGUGAGCAAAAAGAUUUUCCCCUGGAUGAAAGAGUCCAGACCCUCCAAUCAGAAACACGACAGGAGAAUCGCAGAGUGCACCAGCGUCGGAGAGAAGUGUCCAGGCGCGCCCCCGGCCUCCAAGAGGACGCGCACCGCGUACACGAGCGCGCAACUGGUGGAGUUGGAGAAGGAGUUCCAUUUCAGCCGCUACCUGUGCAAACCGCGGCGCGUGGAGAUGGCCAGCCUGCUCAACCUGCACGAGAGGCAGAUCAAGAUUUGGUUCCAGAACCGGAGGAUGAAGCAGAAGAAGGACGAGCGGGUGCAGGGCCUCACCUCCUCCUGCUCUCCCCCGUCCUCCCCCUCCGCCCCGGGCAGCCCCACUCUGUCGAGCCUGGGUUAUGUCCAUCUGGGCGGGGAUUACCAGCCGGCCUCCCCUCAGCUCAAGUCCCAACAACACCAGGCCCAGCCGGCGUAUCCGGAAGAAUACUCAAAAUAUCCCGCUCCAGGCUUUACGCACCGCCCGCAGUUUAACAUGCAGUACGACACGCACACCGACUCACGCACAACAGACCCAGAUGAGGAUAUUAACGGGUCAUAUUUCCAACAUAGAUGCACUCAGGACAGAAUCAUGCAAGCUCCUAAACUGACUCAUCUGUAGCAGACACAUGUCCUCCAUUCUUCACAAAAACAUUCUUCAUUUGAUUUAUAAAAUAAUCCACUGAUCUGUUCUGAAGCUUGUCUUUUUAUUUAUUUAUAUGAAUUAUUG